AUGAUUCUUCAUCCCCUCGCUAUCCUCUCCGAAGAGGAGACAAAUUUGGCCCGUGAUGUCGUUAAAGCCGCCCACCCCAACACAGUUAUCGACUUCCGCGAGAUUUACCUGCAAGAACCCCCCAAAGCCCAACUCCUCGAGUUCCUGGCUUUAGAGCACGCAGGUCGCCUUAGUCCAACAACCACUCGCCCACCGCGAUUAGCAUUGUGUCAGUACGAUGUGAUCGGCGCAGAUCGAAUCCCUCAAUAUCAAGAAUCUGUCGUGGACUUGGUUGCGCGGUCGCGUAUCGAACAUAUCGUCGUGGAGAAACAGCACCAUGCAGCUCUCACAUUAACCGAGUUUGAUACAUUGGUAGAACAAUGCAUGAAAUCACCAUUGUUCCAAAAGGCUCUGGCAGAUUUCAAGUUGCCGGAGGGUUUCGAGGUCGUCAUUGAGCCAUGGCCAUAUGGAGGUCUGGACCUCGCAGAGGAUAACCGUCGCUAUUUCCAGGCCCUAUGCUUCGCCCAGGACAAGCGAUCUGGCAAUCCCGACUCGAACUUUUAUUCCUUUCCUCUCCCGAUCAUCCCAGUGAUGGAUGCCCAUACCCAACAAAUCAUUCGAGUUGAUCGACCUGCCACCGGCGGCAAAGGAGACGGACUAGUCGAGCAGACAUUCAAGCAGGACAUUAUUGGUCACUGUAAACCAUCUGAGUAUGUUCCCGAGCUUCUGCCUGAAGGAACUCGGAAGGACCUCAAGCCAUUGAACGUUGUCCAGCCUGAAGGUCCCUCUUUCCGCGUCACAAAUGAUUCUCUUGUGGAAUGGCAAAAAUGGCGCUUCCGUGUUGCCUUCAAUCCACGUGAAGGUGCCACUAUUCAUGAUGUCUGGUAUGAUGGUCGCAGUGUGAUGCAUCGCUUAGCGAUCAGUGAGAUGACUGUCCCAUAUGCCGACCCUCGACCACCGUUCCACCGAAAACAAGCUUUUGACUUUGGCGAUGGUGGUGGUGGAAACAUGGCAAACAAUUUGUCCCUUGGCUGUGACUGCCUUGGUGUCAUUAAGUAUCUCGAUGCCGUUAUCACACAGGCAGACGGGACUGCUCAAAAGUUGCCAAAUGCCAUCUGUCUUCACGAGCAGGAUAAUGGCAUUGGCUGGAAACACUCGAACUGGCGCACCGGUCGGGCCGUGGUCACUCGAAACAGAGAGUUCGUCGUUCAGUUUAUCAUCACAUUGGCCAACUACGAGUACAUCUUUGCGUACAAGUUCGAUCAAUCUGGUGGAAUAACAGUGGAAGCACGAGCCACCGGUAUUCUGAACGUUGUGAACAUUGACGCUGGCAAGGUAAGCGAAUACGGUAACGUUGUCAGUGGUGGAGUUCUAGCCCAGAACCACCAGCACAUCUUCUGUGUUCGAAUCGACCCAGCUAUCGACGGUCAAAAGAACUCCGUUGUGGUGGAAGAAUCCCAUCCCGUGCCUAUGAACGCCACUACCAACCCCAAUGGCAACUUCUACAAAGUCACCAAGGAGACCGUUCAACGGGCUUCCUGGAUUGACGCUGCUCCGCAGCUUAACAGAACCAUUAAGAUGGUCAAUCCUCAUAAGACUAAUCCAAUCAGCGGAAACAAUGUUGGGUACAAAUUUAUCCCCCUCGCAACACAAACUCUUCUUGCCGAUCCUGAAUCGGUACAAGCACGACGCGCUCAGUUUGCCCAACACCACGUCUGGGUCACUAAACACUGUGAGAACGAGUUCUACGCAGGUGGUCGCUAUACUCUACAAAGCCAAAUUGAAGUGGGUGGCGUGGCAGAUGCCGUGAAGCGUGGCGAUGCAGUGGAGGAUACAGAUGUCGUUGUUUGGAAUACAUUUGGUAUCACUCACAACCCGCGUGUCGAAGACUGGCCAGUAAUGCCUGUUGAAAUCUUUCAAUUGAUGAUACGCCCUGCAGACUUCUUCGUCGCCAAUCCUUCCAUUGAUGUACCAUCCAACAAGAAUGGCUCAUCUCGGUUGGCUGACUCAGAAUGCUGCAGAAAGUCACAUAUCUAA